AUGACUCUGCUGCAAGCUGGCUUCAUGACAGAAUCAGACAGAGGUACUGAUGAAAGACUGAGAUCAAUGACUGAUGAGAGAAGAGAUACAGAUACUGAGUUGAGGAGUACAAGAGAUGGAAUCAAAGGCAUCACAAAGUCAUUCACUGACUCCACAGUGCAAAGCAGUCUAUGUGAAAAGAUGAUUGAUGAGUAUAUUAGAAGUGAACUGGAGCAGUACAUGUCACCUGAGCUAAUGAUAAUGAUUGAUGCAGUCCUGAUGUUGUCAUCAACCACUUCAGCAGUAGAACUACAACAAUGGAUCAGGGCCAUCCACGCGAUCUCUGCAUACUGCAGUGUUGAGGAAGGCCCCAUCUGCCAUCGGCGUGGCUGUGGCUCCAGCCCCAAGCCAACCACACCGAAACUGAUCGCCCACAAGGCAGAAGCGAUUGGCCAACCAUCAUCAGACAGACUGCUGGAGUCAGCCGCUUGA